GUCAAGAUCGACGUGCGCUGCCAAACCUGACCUAGCGAAACCUGCUCCUUUGCUCUUCUAAACCACCAAGAGGAUCGGCGAAGAACACCCUGCGAUGAUACUUGCGGGCCGCGUGCUUCGACUACCGUUGGCGAGCAGCAUCUAAGCUGCAGGUGGGCACCAAUUAAAGAAGCGGGGAAAGAAGAAGUAGACGUGAAGCAGAAGAACUAAUAAGCUUACUUGGUAAGGUUUUCUUGAAGACGAGAAUCUGAUUCCUAGUCAGAAUGUUGUGCAGGGUCUUGUUCUUAGGUAUCUUGUGAAUUGUAAUGCUCUUUUAAGACAAGGAAAAAAGCAUAAAAAAACUUCGAGAUGGUUGAUUCCUCUGAUUUCACCUUUUGCCAGGUUGGUUUAGAAGUUCAAGACGACAACAUAGAGUCUCCUAAAGCAAUUCCUGAUAUUAAUAAGAUUGUUCUUGAAGACAAUCCUUCAUGUGGUUUGAGAACAGACAGAAAUCCAGUGCCAGGUGAUACUUCUCGAGACAAUGCAACUUUACAAGAGAAAUCUGAUGUGUCUUCAUCUCAUAAUUCAAGUAAAACAGCAAUUGCAAAUGACAAGCUAACUAAACUAAUGAUACCGGAACAAGUUAGAGGGGCAAAAGAUUUGGAACAUGCAUCACAGGAACAGAAACCAGUAGUGAAAAAACCUGUAGCGAGAGCUAAGGUUCCAUUUGAAAAGGGGUACAGCCAAAUGGAUUGGUUAAAGAUUACUCGUAGACAUCCUGAUCUUGCAGGGCUUAAGGGACGAUCAAACUGCAGGCUAAUUACUCUGGAUGAAGUUAAGCAGCAUAAAACUGGUGGUUCUAUUUGGACAGUUCUAAAAGGCCGUGUUUACAAUAUUUCCCCAUACAUGAAGUUUCAUCCUGGUGGUGAGGAUAUGAUUAUGAAGGCAGCUGGCAAAGACUGUACUGCUUUAUUCAACAAAUAUCAUGCAUGGGUUAAUGCGGAAUUCUUACUGGAGAAGUGCCUUGUGGGAAUUCUAGAUCCUAACUGAAAACUCAAGCACAGAUAAAAAGGUCAUGCACUUCGGUGUUGCUUGUGUCUGACAGUUACAAGUAAAUUUAUUUCUUUAAGAAAAUAAGAGCAGACGAUGCUCUCAGCGCUUCUUGAAGUGGACCAUGUUGCUUAUGUACAUUUCCUUUCAUGUACCACUUAAUUGAUGAUUCUGAUGCGUUGUUAAGAUUUAUAUAUUUAGAUUGCCAUUGUGUAAA